UUGUAGCAUCGAUAUAACGAGUACUUGUAAAAUGAAUCGGAUGUUUCUAAAAAUUCUUUCAGUGUCUACCCUCAGUUCUAUUAUUCAGUGUGGGUGCACAUCCCAACCCCGACGUCGUUUGCUGCAACGAUUUUGCGAAAAUGAAAUAAGUUUAUCUCGUCAUGUCAAAUAAAUGUAAGUGUGCUAUGACAAAGUCAACACGUCAGAUUGAAUUGAGUUCCUCACUUAAAGCCCGUCCACGUCAAUGCACUCGUAUUACGGCUGGCAUACCAUCUCCUCGACAUGAACGCAUGCUUAGUUACUUGAUGACGGCCCUGGGCCGUGAGGGAUAACUUGUCCGAUGAUAUAGGCGAUGUUUGAAAUACUGUUCCGCUUAGAACGUAGGACAUUCGUAGGACCUACUGUAUUUUAUGUCAAGGUUCGAUGCAUAUGUGUUGCCUAGCAUGGCACUGAAGGUAAAGGUAACAGAUUAAAAAUCAGUAAAAAAGCACGGUACAUAGCUUGUUUUCGGCUGGGGAUUCGUAGGUGCCACAGGAAGUCCAAGACAAUAAAUGGUUAGACGGCGAAUUAGAGAGCACACAGGUCGGAUGGACGUGAUACCCUGAAAUAAGAUGAUUGGCUGCCAUGACUGUUGACGCUCUGUUACGAUACGAUCGGACUGAAAACGCACCGGCAAUGAAAUCAGAUAUCCGGUUGACAUUUUUGUGUAUACCUGGGAGUUCGAUGUCGAGAGCUGAGACUUUCGUUUGUGCAAUGUGUGAAUAGGAAAAAAGCGAGGCGGUGAGGUAAAACUCCGCGCGCAUGGGUGAAUCGAGGUCUGACUGGUACCGCAUCUGGACUGUCAGCAAAUUUGUAGACAUAUAGCUGCUAUAGGGGGAUCCACGACUGGCCAGAAUAGACAUGCCAACGGAUAUCUGCUAAAGCUCAAUAGCACAAGGCGUCGCUCGUUCCAACAGCCUUCCCUCUCUCUUCUUCCCGCACAUCGACCAUGAAUCCCAACCUCGACCCCGGCAAACGACACUCCACUGCAGAAGGCUCAGCUAGCAUCGCACGUAAAGGUGGCCUCUCGUGUGCAGAGUGUCGCAGAGUAUUCCCGUGUCAGUCUUGCAUUCGGAGAGGGUGUGGCAACAUCUGUCCAGACGGGACUCUAAGCGCCACUAAGGGAAACAAGGUUCUCAUGGCUCAUGCACAGCGCCUGACGGACCAAGUAAAGUCUAUGACUGAUAGAAUCAAAGAAUUAGAGCAUGCUCUACAGGAGGCUCAAAAGAGCACCGGCGGUGCAAGCGGAUCACACCCACUCCUCCGGCCUUCCGUGGUCAAAGAUGAUGACGGUGAACAACUAAAUUUACAGACGCUGUUUGACCAAGAAGCCGAAGGCAUAUCCGACGCUAUCGGCUCGCUCUCAAUUGGUAUCGACGGCCAGGCAAAGUACCAUGGCGAAUCAGCAGGAUCAGAGGUAAUGCUUCCUUGGCCAAAGUCCCGGUUCAACUCUAACAUUAUCUCCGUCACGCAGUACUUCCAGGAGUUGCUUCCUCCCGAACAAAAUGAACGUCGUAUGCUACAAGAUGCCAAAAAUCUCGGCCUGCCAUAUGAAAUCGUCGAUCUCUGCAAUGCUUUCCCCUUCGGGUUACGGGACUGUCCAUACACAAAGCACCAGUUUGUAUCCUUUCUACCCACGCGUGAACGUGCUCUAGAGCUGGCUGAACUGUACUAUGAUAAUGUCGCCUGGAUGUAUGACCCUAUCGUACGCAAUGAUUUCAUGACCACCAUCAUGGUCCCGAUAUAUGGCAACACUGGUAUCGUUAAUGUUGACAGUGUUCACUCUCACCGCAUAUCCGUGUUUUUUAUGCUCCUCGCAUCUGGUAUCCUAUAUGAUAAUCACCCAUCAGCGGCUGUCAUUGCAGAACAGUAUCGCGCACUUGCGCUGGCCUCUUUUGGACUUGACUCUGUAUUGCAAGAAGCCACCUGUGCCACUGUACAAGCGCUAUUGAUGAUAGUCAGGUAUAUUUACAUUUCAGAUCGUACCAAUAAUGAGACUAGAUGGCUUUUGGUGGGCAUGUGUUCGAGAGUCGCUCAGAUUAUUGGGCUGCAACGAGAUAGUGCUGGAUGGAAUCUAGGCCAUGAAGAAAUCCAGAGGAGGCGUGUAUUGUUUUGGGAAAUAUAUACAUUCGACGCUUGGACUAGUGUCGUCAAUGGCAGACCACCUUCUCUGAGCAUUAAUCACACCGACUGUCGAUUCCCCGACGAUCUUGAUCCCACUCUCAAACCUUCAGGCAACGUUGAGAUGGGCUGGCAUGCAUGGAAGUUCCGAUACUCCGCGUUUUGUCUCUCCAUCUCUGUCCAACACGUUUUCAGCGCCAGAGUACCUUCCUACUCAACUGUACUAGAACUUGACAGGAAUAUCCGGAAAUUCCCUCUACCAAAUCACCUCCAAUCUCCUAUGCAGGUAUCUGAAGCGGGGCGAGCGUGGUCCUCAGAACGCACGCGUGCAAUGCAACAAUACUGUGCUCUAUGUGUGAGGGAGUCGAACUUGCUUUACAUCCACAGGAGCUACUUUGCGCAAGCUACGCGCGAGGCUUCUAACAAUCCCCUAACGCAUAAAUAUGCACCUUCAGUUUUGGCUGCAUAUCGUAGUGCAUGCCGUUUAAUAUCGAGUCUCAGGGGUUUGUAUGCCGUCCAUCCACUAGCAACGAGCCUACAGUGGUUCUUUUGGUCAGGAAUAUAUUCGUCAUGUAUUUUGCUGGGUGCCUUGGUUGUGGAGAGUCCUCGAUGCAGCCUGGCCCGCAAUGCGCUGCAAGAGCUGGAUCAAGCACUUAUAUUUUAUGAUGAAGGGUCCGUCAACUGCAGACCACCAGCCACUAUCACAAUGCUUCAAAAGUUACGUCAGCGUGCUUUUGCAACCUUCACAGCUGCACAGACAGGCAUACUGGAUAGAAGUAGUCCUACAUCAAGUAACCCUUCUGCACCAGAUGAGCUUGAAGUCCUCGGAGGACGUAAAUCCAUCAUAACCAACAAGUCACCAUCUUCUUCUCCUGCCUCCCAUGCAACAUCCUCUCCGCAUUGUGGUACUUACCACACUCUCCGUCACGCGAGCGACGACUUUAUCAAGCAAUUCGGUUCUGCAAACCCAUCUCUCAUGGAGUACUAUGGUGCACUCGGUAACCCAGGGCUUGUACUCCCUGCGACUAAGGACUUUGAUAUGCCGUAUGUAGGAGAUCAAACGUCAGGCGAAUACAGUUUGUCUCCACUUAGUGGUUCAGAGGACUACAAUACUCCCUCGCAAUCUUUCGAUCUUGGCCAACACAUAGAUUCAAUGACUUAUGGGGAUAACCAGCGCACACAACCUACGUAUCAGCAGUCGGGACGCAGUGAGACCAUCCAGCCGCGCCAACCUGAUCUCCAACGACAUGCUCAAUCUGAAAAUAUACCCACACGAGAGUACAACCAGGAAGAAAUCUGGCGCGAUUUCAUUUCUCAUCUAGGGAUGUCUAGGCCCAAUCAAUCGUGAUUCAUAGAAAUGUUUUUUCUUGAUUUCUGUUUUCCCCCGUUUUUCUUUCCUUUUCUUGAUUGCUUAAAUGUUGUCUUUCCGUCGAUUCAUCGUAUGUGUAUCUAAAAAUUGAUUUGUAAUCGUGCUUUCUGUAGAUGUCAUUUGCUACCCGUGCAUUCUUGUAAAUUAUACAGUGUCCAUCCUAAUUAAUAUUAUCGUCGUUUACUUU